AUGAACAUCUUUUUAAUAUUUUUAAUAUUGCUCAAAUGCUUAUUUUUGGUGGUAAAUUCAGCACCAACUGACCCAAGAUUUGUACAUGCUACUGUUAUUGUCAAUAAUAAUUUAUAUGUUAUGGGUGGUAAUACUGAUCAAUCAUCAAAAGAAUUUUUUUCUCUUGAUUUGUCACAAGCAUUUGAUGUAACUACUCCACCAUGGAAGGAUUUAACUGCAACUUCACCAUUGCCAGUAUUAUCAUCAUGGGCUAAAGCUAGAAUGGCACCUGAAACACGUAGAGAAUUUUCAAGUGUUAGUGAUCCAUUGACUGGCAAAUUAUAUAUUCAUGGUGGAACAAGUGUGGGUUCUGCUACUGAUGUUUAUUUUAGUGAUUUUUUUAUUCUGGAUGGAAAUAAUUUAUCCUGGAGUCAAAUUGGGAAAACUGGUUUAAAUAUGCCACCCCCUAGAAUUGACCAUGUUGCUGUAUUGAUUGCUAAUGGAGUAAUUGUUUUUAUUGGUGGAAGAGAUUACUCUAUUACUACUAAGGAUCUAACUGCAGUCCCCAUGAAUAAUACUAUAGUUGGUGGUCCAACUGUUGAUCCACGUACUGGUCAUACAGCAGUAUAUG